AUGGCCUCCGGCAUAGGGCAUGCGUUCCCUAGUCACUUUUUUAUGCCUGCUCAGCAGAGGUGGGUGAGGUGGUGUCCUACGCUCGAGCAUAGUGUCCUUGUGAAUGUUUGCGGGAGCGUCCUGGGUGUUCCAAGGAGAGGUGGCUUCGAUGGAUAUCUCCGUAGUUUUGAUGGUGACUUGUUAGCGGGCUUCUAUGGCUUCCGUCCUGAUCUUGAUAUUCUCCUCUUGGAGUUGUUGGUCAUCUACCAUGGCUUAGCCAUGGCGUGGGACCCGAGGUAUAGAACUGUGGAGUGUCAAUCUAAUUUCCUACAUGCGGUGGGCUUAGUGUUGUCUACUCCAGCUUCCCGGCACAUGUAUGCAUUGCUGAUUUGGGAUAUAAAGGACUUGUCGGACCGUCUCUAG